GUGUGAGACCCCUUCCCCACGUAGCACAAAAACAAGAUGGCAGCAUGUAGCAGAGAACUCAUUCAAAAGAAAGGCACAGCUAACUCAAUCAUUUGGAACUGGUUCGGUUUUGAUGCUUCAGACGAACAACAGACAAAGCCUCGCUGCAAAGUAUGUUUAAAGGCCGUUGCUAUCGGAAGUAGCAGUACAACAAAUCUGUUCCAGCACCUGAAGAAUAAACACUCCGCAGAAUGGGAGAAGUGUACCAGGCUCCGGCACGAUGACAGCAGCUCCAGCACCCCUGCUAAAAGGCAAACAACACUCCCCGAGAGCAUUACAAACUGUGUGCCGUAUGAUAAGAAUGGGGCGCGUUGGAAAGCGAUUACAGAGGCCAUCACGUCUUACAUUGCCACGGACAUGCUGCCAAUUUACUCUGUCGAAAAGCGAGGCUUUAAUCACCUGUUGAAAGUGUUAGAUGCAAAGUACGUUGUACCCAGUCGCAAGUAUUUCGCCGAUGUGGCGCUGCCUCACUUGUACAAUACCACUCGGCAAAAGAUCCGCAACAAGCUGGAGGAGGUGGCGUUUUAUUCUGCCACCACGGACAUGUGGUCCAGUCGGACAAUGCAGCCGUACAUGAGUCUCACAGCGCAUUAUAUCAACGACAGCUGGACCAUGCGCAGCAUCUGCCUCCAGACAGCAUAUUUCCCCGAUGACCACACCGGUGAAAUAAUUGCCCACGGAUUAAAAGAUGCUCUCAGUUCCUGGGGCCUUUCUGAAGAACGACUCACAUGUAUGACAACUGACAGCGGCACCAACAUCAUUAAAGCUCUGAAGGAGAACAACUGGCCCAGCCUUCAGUGCUUUGGGCACAAACUGCACAACGCUAUAGAGAACGGCGUGAAGGACCCAAGGAUUGAUCGGGCCAUCGGGGUUUGCAAAAAAGCUGUAUCAGCCUUCUCUUACAGCUGGAAAAAAAGGCGAGACAUGACUGAGGUGCAGGCUGAGCUUGGUCUACCCCAGCAUCUUUUGAUCUCAGAAUCCCCAACACGUUGGGGGUCUCGUCAAAAGAUGAUUGAGCGCUUUCUCGAGCAAGAGAAGGCAAUAACUCGUGUCCUGGGUGCGGACAAGAAAACGCGUCAUCUUGUUCCUACAUGGCAAGAUUUGGAAGUAUUAGAAGCCACCAACAAAGCCGUGAAACCUCUCCAGGACUUCACAGAUGCACUGUCAGGGGAAUCAUAUGUCAGUGUGUCAUGCAUCAAACCAGUCCUGCAUUUGUUCAAAACAAAGCUCCUCCUGCCAGAAGAGGAGGAUUUGGAGCUAACAAAAACAAUCAAAACCAACAUCAUGCGUUACUUCGAACACAAAUACUGUGAUCGGGAGAAAGAGGAACUUUUGGACAUGGCCACACUUACAGACCCGAGGUUCCGUACAACCUACACUGAUGCAGGCAACUUGGAAGCUGUCAAAAAAAGAGCUGUCUCUGAGAUUUCUGCUCUCUGCACCUCUACCACAGAGGAAGCUGGCCCCACUGAUGUUCAAGAGAACACCCCACCGAAAAAGAAAAUGACUCUGGGUGCCUUCUUUAAAAACAGUGCACCGUCUACCCCACACCCAGAAUCAGAGAAAAGAAAAAUAGAGACUGAGCUCGCAACAUAUUUGCUUAUUCCAGACAUAGAGCCAGACACAGAUCCACUUGAAUGGUGGAAGCAGCAUCAGCCCAACUUUCCGAGUCUAAGCUUACUGGCUAAGAAAUAUCUGUCUAUUCCAGCCACGAGUGCCCCCUCAGAGAGGGUAUUUAGUGUGGGUGGGGGGAUAGUUACCUGCAACCGGGCCUGCCUCAAGCCAGAGGUUGUGGACAGACUCAUCUUUCUUGCAAAAAAUGCUUAGAAUGAGCAUACAUGUAACAGUGUGCAAGACAUCUAACAAGCACAUAUUUUGUUGUUAAAGAUAAGUUUGUUUACACUUGUUCACCCUUGUUCAUCUAAGUAGACUACAGUAUAUGUCUACCAAAGGUUUGUAAACAUGUUUCAUGUUGUAUUUGCACUAUGCUGAGAUGUAUUUAGAUACUCAUUUUUGUUUAGUUAUCUGAUUUCUUAAUCAGAAAAUUUAAGCUGCUGUGAAGCUGUUGUUGCACUUUAAAAACUUGAACCUGGGUUAAAGCUUGAAAUUGUUGAAUUACAGAGCCUCAUUAACUUGUUCAUUAAAUUGUUUACAUGCGUUUUUUUAUUCUGAGGACAAUUACAGCAAUAAAGUUACUUUUGACAGUA